AUGGCGUCUCAUCGUGAGCCCGAGCCGAGGCCCAUUAACGCCGUGUUCAUCGGGGCAGGAGCAGUUGGAUGCUUCUACGCCUCGCGCCUGCAUCAUCCUCAAAAAAACGUCCGCGUGUCACUCGUCGCCCGGUCCAACUACAAGGCCAUUGCUGCGUCGGGCGUCAAGCUCGAGACGCACUCGUUUGGCGACUAUGUCUUCGCGCCCGAGGCGGCGUAUCCCUCGGUGACGGCAGCGGCCGAGGCCGUGGCGGACUGGGAUUACAUUUUCGUGACGACCAAGGCGCUGCCGGACCGGUCGGACGACGCGGCCAUGAUUGCGCCGCUCGUGGGACCGGCAUCGUGCAUCGUGCUGAUCCAGAACGGCGUCGGCGUCGAGGCGCCGUUCCGCGCGCGGUUCCCCGACACGCCCGUCGUCAGCGGCGUCACGGUCGUCAGCGCCGAGCAGACGUCGCCGGGCGUCAUCCGGCAGAACCGGUGGACGCGCAUCAGCAUCGGGCCGUACGCCGACGGUCUCGGCACGGGCGACGCGCAGGUGGCGGCCCGCGGCACGGCGGCCGUCGAGGCGCUGAGGCGGUGGUGGGGGCCCGCAUGGGGCGGCAUCCGCGACGUCGACGUCCAGGACGAGGUCGGGCUGCAGACGGUGCGCUGGCACAAGCUCUGCAUCAAUGCCGCCUUCAACCCGAGCGCCGUGCUCAGCGGCGGCCGCGGCAACGCCGACAUGGUGUCGGACCCGGCGCUGCGCGAGCACGCCCUCGGCGUCAUGCGCGAGAUUUGGGAGGCCGUGCCGCGCGUGCUCGGCCGACCCUUUCCCGCCGGCACGGCGACGCCCGAGCGCAUCGUCACGAGCACGGAGAGGAACGCCGGCGCGCGCCCGAGCAUGUUGCUCGACUGGGAGGCCCGACGGCCGCUGGAGCUCGAGGUCAUCCUCGGCAACCCUGUGCGCAUCGCGCGGGCGCGGGGCGUCGAGAUGCCGCGGCUGCAGAGCCUCUACGCGCUGCUGAAGAGCGCGCAGACGAUGCGCGAGAAGCAGCAGCAGCAGCAGCAGCAGCAGCAGCAGCAGCAGCAGCAGCAGCAGCAGCAGGCAGAAAAGCCCAGCAAGCUGUAG